UCGAAGACAGCCAAGUUUCCGGAAGAGCAACUGGUGUUAGUUUAAUGGACAAGGAAGAGAUAUUUGUAUAGGUUUAGUCUCGAGAAGACAUAACCCUUUGUUUCUUCUACUACCUGGAAUUGUUUUUAAAUCGUUAGAAUGCCUUUAUUUGCCCCAAACCCAUUUGACCAAGAUGUUGAGAAGGCAACCAAUGAAACCAACACAACAGAUGACUGGGGGCUUAUUAUGGACAUCUGCGAUCGGAUUGGGACAACAUCCAAUGGACCAAAGGAGAGCCUGAGGUCAAUUAUGAAGAGAGUCAACCACAAAGUGCCUCAUGUUGCCAUGCAGGCCCUCAAUUUGUUGGGGGCCUGUGUAUCAAACUGUGGCAAAAUAUUCCACUUGGAAAUCUGCUCUCGAGAGUUUGCCAGUGAAGUGCGGAAUGUUCUGAGCAAGUCCCAUCCUAAGGUGAAUGAGAAGCUGAAAGCUCUCAUGGUGGAGUGGGCAGAGGACUUCCAGAAGGAUCCCCAGCUCAGUCUGGUCGGGGCCACAAUCAAGUCCCUGAAAGAAGAAGGUGUCACUUUUCCCUCACCUUCCUCACAGGGGUCCAGCGCAAAGGUCAGCGCACCUGCUGCCAGCAAAACCUCAGACGAUGAUGACUUGGCAAAAGCUAUUGAGCUUUCCCUACAGGAACAGAAGCAGCAGGUGGAGACACGGCCCCUCACCAUCACCUCUGACCCCCCAAACUACACUAAUGGGGGUGGUGGGCAGGAGGUGAGGAAGGUGCGGGCACUGUACGACUUUGAGGCAGCUGAAGAUAAUGAGCUUACCUUCAAAGCAGGAGAACUUAUCCUGGUUUUGGAUGACAGUGACCCAAACUGGUGGAAAGGAGAGAACCACAGAGGAGUAGGCCUUUUUCCAUCCAACUUUGUCACAACCAAUCUGAAUGCUGAACCAGAGACAGUGACUUAUCUUGAAAAGGCAGGCAGUCCUGAAGAUACAAGCCUUGAAACCAAAGCAGAACCUGAGCCCGUCUACAUCGACGAGGGGAAGAUGGACAGGACGCUGGUGCUGCUGCAGAACGCCGACCCAGCAGAUCCGACUCCCGACGCCUCUGAGCUGAUCCAGCUGGAGGGCGCAUGUGAGCAGAUGAACCCGCUGAUUGACGAGAGGCUGCAGGAGAUUGACAGGAAACACUCAGAGUUGUCAGAGUUGAAUGUGAAGGUCCUGGAGGCUCUGGAGCUGUAUAAUAAGCUUGUGAACGAGGCUCCGUUCUACUCGGCCUAUUCCAAGAUGCAGCCACAGUACGCGACGGCCAACUCAGCUGUGGCCAUGCAGGGCUACCUGGGUCCCACUGGUGCUCCUUACAUGCCUACGUCCUUACCCCAGGGUCCUCCUGCGCAGCCCUAUUCGAUGCCCAGUGACCAGCCAGGACCACUGCAUUCACUGCCCCCCAAUGUCUCAGCUCUGCCCAACAGCCAAACAGCUCAGCCUCCCUAUAUGAGCAGCAGCAUGAAUGCUCAGUACAUGAACCAAGCUCCUGGAGCGCCGUACCCUCUGCAGGGGGGCGUGGCCAUGGACAUGUCAACCUAUCACAACUCCGGCAUGCCUCCCGUGUCCUAUCCAAUGGCUGCUCCAUCUCUUCAGGCUCCUCAGCAGCAGCAGCAAGCGACGUACUAUCAGCAGCCCCUCCUGUAAAAAGUCCCACUGACCACAGAUCCACGCCAACACCACAUACUGAAUAGAUUUCACUUUGCAGCACUGUGUUCAUCUGGACUGUUUUUUCGAGUCCAGGUUCUGUUCAAUGUUGAGAUGGAUUUAAAUAUUUGUGUCUAAAUACACAAUAAACAUCUGUCAUUUUAGUUUUUAAAACCACAUUUUGUUUUUAAAUCUGUUGGUAGAUCUAUCUUCAGACUGCUAUAAUCGAUCCUGGCCAACCAUCUUUGGCUCCUUUUUCUUACAUUGAACCAUAGAAACACUUGGAAUUGGCAUGAGGGAGCUCAUGCCUGCAAAGCCAGCAGUCAUUGAUUGAUUCAUUCAUUCAUUCCUUCAUUCAUUCAGUCAUUCAGUGUGGCUUCUUCAUAACACGAGUGCAGUUAUUCAUGAAACACAAGCUGCAUUUUCCUCCCUGAUUGUAGCCAAUCUGUGUUUUAAACAGAAUUUAAAACUAUAUUUUUUAACAUCAGAUGCAUAUGUUAUCAGAUUUAUAUGUACAUGGCUCAGAAUCUCCUUUUGUCCCAUUUUCUCACUGCCUUCUGUAAAGCAUUUCUGUGGUAGCAUUUGACAUGUCAAAGGUGAUGUUGUGUUCUUUGUCUGUCUUUGUCGUUUUUUUUUU